AUGCCACAAACGUUUACCUCUACGAGAUUCUCUCACAGACCAUCUCCUCAGAUUACCUCCCUCAAGCCCUCCGGCCAUCCCCCGCUCGCUGCCGAGAAAGCCACACCGACAAAGGACGAUGGUGCCGUCUCUGCGAGGAGCGAGCCAGCCGCCAGCGAGGAAAAGGGCGAGGAGGCUUUCCUCGAGCCUGCGCGGCCCUUGGACACGCUGCUGCGCUGGUCCGACAUCCAGGGCUGCGACGAUGCCAUUGUGGCACUCAAACAGGCGGUGCUGCUUCCCCGUCUCUACCCGUGGUUGUUUGCCGUCGGCAGCAGCAGCAGCAGCAGCGGUACCAGUAGUAAUCGCACGCCUUGGCAGCGAAUCCUUCUCUACGGCCCGCCCGGCACCGGGAAGACCCUUCUUGCGCACGCCACCGCCGGUGAGCUGUCUGGUUGCCCGUUUAUCAGCGUUUCGUCUGCGGAUGUACUCUCCAAGUGGGUGGGGGAAAGCGAAAAGCACGUCAAGGCGGCCUUUGCCCAGGCCGCGCGUUAUGAGCGGUGCCUGCUCUUCCUCGACGAAGUGGACGCGAUGUGCGCGUCUCGCGGGUCGCAAGGGGAGACCGAGGUGGCGAGGCGCCUCAAGACAGAGUUCCUCUUUCACCUGCAAGCGCUCCCUCGCACUGUGACGGUCAUCGCGGCGACAAAUUUGCCGUGGGAGCUCGACGCCGCUAUCAUGCGCCGCUUCGACGCCUUUGUUUACGUUGGCCUCCCCCAGCGGAGGCCCGACGGACGCUCAUCACACGCCAGUUAG